AUAACAAAUUUACAUUACUCGUCGUGGCAACAGAUCAUCCGCCAAUGACACAAAUAUAACGUUGCUGCAAAACCAGAGUACACUCCAUAGCAAACAAUAUUCAAAUUGCCCGACUUUCCGUUGCACUGUAUUUUCAUAUGCUGCAUCGUUUACCAACACUUCCAACAGAAUUGACUUUGUGCACACUUAUCGGCAAUCGAUAAGGAACAGCUGACGCAAGAAUCUAAAUCGUGUGUGGUUUAGGUUGGCAAUUACAUAAAUAUUGAGUCGACUUGAGUUUUCCAAGCGUUUCCCCAAUAGGAAAAUACACGGGAAAAGUGGCAGACAUCAGCAAUACCUGUUAAAAUGUACAAAUUAGGGGCCUUUGCGCGUGAACGCGCCUGCUAUUUGACGUAUCAAUAUGCGGCGUAUAAUUUGCAACAACAACCGCAACGGUUAUACAGUGCACCAGGACGCAGACCUGGAUUCUUUUCACAAUUCAUUGACAAUGUUCGCACUGAGAUGGAUAAGAACAAGGAGAUGAAGGACAGCAUCAAGAAAUUCCGCGAAGAGGCGCAAAAGCUGGAGCAAUCGGAUGCGUUAAAGUCCGCGAGACAAAAGUUCAACGUUGUGGAAUCGGAGGCCUCAAAGUCUUCAAAUAUUUUGAAGGAGCAGCUGGGUGCCAUUAAAGAAAAGGUCGGCGACGUUAUUGACGAUGCUGCCAAAUCGGAUUUGGCAAAGAAAGUCUCCGAGGAGCUAUCAAAAACGGCGAAAGGUGUAAGCGACACAAUAACAGACACUAGCGGAAAACUUGGACAGUCGGGGGCAUUCCAGGCCAUUUCUGAUACUACGAAAAUGAUUAAAAAAGAAAUGGAUACCUCAAGUAUAGAAAGCCGCGUAUAUCGAGCUCCAGCAAAGCUGCGAAAACGCGUGCAGAUAGACAUGGCGGAAAGUGAGCGCGUGGUGGAAGCAAAUACAGAAGCAACAGGUUUGGAGCUGCACAAGGAUUCCAAGUUUUAUCAGUCUUGGGAGAACUUUAAGAACAACAACACUUAUGUCAACAAAGUACUCGAUUGGAAAGUGAAGUACGAUGAAUCAGAAAAUCCAGUCAUCAGGGCCUCCAGAUUGCUGACUGACAAAGUAUCUGACGUUAUGGGCGGUCUAUUUUCCAAAACGGAGCUUUCCGAAACGAUGACUGAACUUGUCAAAAUCGAUCCAAGCUUUGACCAAAAAGAAUUUUUGCAUGAUUGUGAAAAGGAUAUAAUACCAAAUGUGCUGGAGGCGAUUGUGCGUGGCGAUUUGGAGAUUCUUAAAGACUGGUGCUUUGAGAGUACGUACAAUAUUAUUGCCACGCCCAUAUCGCAGGCGAAAAAGUCUGGCCUGUAUUUGGACUCAAAAAUAUUGGAUAUUGAAAACAUCGAGCUGGCCAUGGGCAAAGUCAUGGAACAGGGUCCAGUGUUGAUAAUCACGUUCCAAGCGCAACAGAUUAUGUGCGUGCGUGACCAGAAGGCACAAGUUGUCGAGGGAAACCCCGAUAAGGUGAUGCGAGUGCACUACGUAUGGGUGCUGUGUAGAGAUCGGAACGAGCUGAAUCCUAAAGCCGCCUGGCGGUUAAUGGAACUUUCGGCAAACAGUCAGGAGCAAUUUGUUUAAACCUGCUGCGCAUCUUUUAUAACUCUAAGCAGUUUAAGUUUUCUCCUCAACUCCAGACACUACAUACCACCAUCGACUCGACUCAUAAGUAGGUUUUAAAUGUGUGCAAAAGUUUCGCUCUUAUACCACUUCGAAAGUUUUGUGAGCUGUUAGUCGCGUGCCGGCCCCCGGUCUGAAGCUGCUGUUCAGUUUAUCUCCUCAUCUGUGAUCCAGUAGUUAUCUUCGGCCGGGGCCAACGAAGCACGUUGCGACUUUGGCGACUGCCGGUCAUCAUCGGGCACGCUUCACACUGACCGCCCCGUUUCCUGUCUGGCCUUUAUAUAUGUUGUAAAUUUUUACCUACCUCUUAAGCUGUAUAAAUAACCAGUUGGCCUAGUGCUGUCAGAGUGCAGUGUGCCCGGCGGAGUCCGUUAGCCGCGAAGUCUUUGACCAAAAUUUUAACAUUGAAGCUAAAAGUGCAAACCAAUAUGCCGAGCGGCAUAUAUAGUAGCUAAUUUUAAGUGAAAUUGUUGAGUGUAGGCAUUGUUACGUAUUUUAAGAGCCUCUAUUCUGAACCUUAAAUGUAAAUACCUAAAUCUUCAGAUAGCCAAUUUGGCUUGGAUUAAAUUGCACUGUGCAUUACAGAUCAUCCGAAACUUUAAGAGCCGCAUACUAAAGCUACACAACCAGUUGUUAGACCCAGACGCUAUAUCAUAGAAAAUAAAACAACC